AUGGGCAGGUCAUUCAGCGGCAGGGGAGGACGGGGCACUGAGCGUUUCCACGGGUCUAAAAUAAGCAGUGCCAGGUUCCAGCGGGCAAGGAAAGAAUACGCCAGUUCGCACAAGGCCAGGUCAAGCCACGCCCGUUCACACGGGGACGUGAAUCCAGAUGCCCGUUCUAACCCGAUUUCAAGCAGUCAGUUGGAAGCCAAAUGUCCCAGUUACCGGUUCUUUACCUGUACGGUGUCCCAUCAGUGCAUCAGUAAAUCAUGGCGUUGCGAUGGCUUCAAUGACUGCGGGGAUGGGUCUGACGAGUUCCAGUGUAGCCAUUGUCACUCGCAUGAGUUUGAAUGUGAUAACGAUGGUUGCAUUCUUGGUUGGCAUCGGUGCGACGGGUAUAAUGACUGCGGAGACGAAAGUGACGAAAAUUACGUACAGUGUGGCCAAUGUGAUGCUGAGAACGAGUUUGCCUGUAAGACCAAUGGAAGAUGCAUACCACGUGACUGGGCAUGUGAUGGUUACAUCGACUGCCUUGAUCGGAGUGAUGAAUUAUACUGCGGUAACGGCGAGUACGACGGGAUCUAUGACGGUGGAAGUAACACAGACAGCGCAGAGAUUGAGGGCGCUACGCAGACAACUACUGUGCCUACCACAACAGAAGUCAUCACAACUACAAUUGCACCGACUACUUCAGUAUCCUGUGAGUGGUCUCCUUGGAAUGCGUGGACCCAAUGCACACCAAAUAUCUGCUACGCAGAGCGGAGACAUCGCACGCGUUCCUGCCCGUGCGGAAGCGGGAACUGUGAUAAAGGUUAUGACGGAGCGUUUAACUCCGAUGUCCAGUACAAGAUGUGCCCGCUGCAGAACUGUCCGUCACUUGCAACUUCUGGAUGCGGCACUCACACCACGAUGGGUUCCUUUUCAGCGGCUCGGAUCGUGGGUGGUGAGGGGGCCGAUCCCGGGGAGUGGCCCUGGCAGGCACAGCUCCGUGUUCGGGAUGGUGACGGGGAAUUCCAAUUUGCUUGCGGAGGAUCUUUGGUUGACUGGAGGUUUGUGGUGUCAGCGGCUCACUGCUUCCUUGGGACAAGCAACCCAUCAGACUGGAAGGUCGUCCUGGGACGCCAUCAGCAACAUGCAGGAGGUACAGAGUUUGACGUCACCAGUAUCAUUCUCCAUGACGACUACAACAGCGGCACCUCUGAGAACGAUCUGGCCGUGCUGGUGCUGAGCGAACCCGCGCAGUUAACAAGGACCGUGAACCUUGUGUGCCUCCCGCCCUCCGGGGACGAGCAAGGACCGGGGAUCAAGAGCUUCGGGAACGAGUCCAAUUGCUUCAUCACUGGAUGGGGACAUACGGCUUACCAAGGCUUCACCGCCAGUACGCUGCAAGAAGCUAACGUGCCUCUCAUACCGCACAAUGAAUGCUCAAAAGAUGAAGUCUACGGUGACAUGGUGUUGCCUUCAAUGCAGUGUGCUGGGUAUUUUUCAGGUGGGGUCGACUCAUGUCAGGGUGAUUCUGGUGGGCCAUUAGCUUGCACAGCGACCGAAUCCCCUGCUGGAGGGGCUCGGUAUUACCUAGUUGGGGCGACGAGUUGGGGUGUAUCCUGUGCCGGAGUUAACCGCCCAGGAGUCUACACCCGGAUCGCUCCAUAUGUUCGGUGGAUCCAGGAGACCAUGGCUAACAACUAAUCGCAUAAACUUUUUAUUUAUUUUUUUGCCCAAUUUUUUUGGGGUAAAGUUUGCAAAAUUCAGGUAAUAUACACAUUGUAUAAUAAUUAUUAAAGG